AUGAAGGUUUCUGGUGGUAAAACUCUGCCAAUUCUGAUAUUUGUGGUGGUGAUGACGGGAUUGGUGGAGCAAGGGAAAGGCCAUGUUUGUGCAAACACUUUCUUCUCAGCGCUUGUUCAAAUGAUACCUUGCAGAGCAGCAGUUGCUCCUUAUAGCCCAAUCCCACCAAGUGAAGCUUGUUGCAAUGCUGUGAAAUCUCUUGGCCAACCUUGCCUUUGUGUUCUUGUAAACGGCCCUCCAAUUUCUGGCGUUGACAGGAACAUGGCCUUGCAGCUUCCUGACAAAUGCACUGCCAACUUUGAACCAUGUAGGCAUUCUCUGUUUCUUUUGCUUGUGAAAUUACAAGGAAGUAGGAGCAGAAAACACAAGGAUGAUAACACAUAUGAUAAGAGCUACAUGGGUUCAUCUUCUUGA